AUGGAUGCAGAGACUAUUGAAAUUGCAGCCCUUGGACGACCCGUGCAUCCUGGCAUGCUGUAUGACUGUCGCAACGACACCUUUAUCCCAGGAGUCUCACUGUGGGAUCAAGAAGCCAUCAGAAAAUAUGUGGAUGUCAAACCACAGCCCAACACGCAUCUUGAUGUUAGCACAUCUGACUCUCUCAGUGAGAAGUCCAGGCUGAUAGAUAUCAGUAGCUCACUGAAAGUCAGCUUCCUGGCAGGGCUGGUGGGGGUGGGGGUGGGGGGGUCAGGCAGCUACCUGAAGGACACAUUGUCCUCCAUGCGACAGUGCAGGGCCACAAUACACUACAAACAAACCACUGAGUUCAAAGAGCUGGCUAUGACCCAACUGGGUAAUGUGAUAUACCCCGAAGUGUUUGACCAGAAGAAUGCCACCCAUGUGGUGACAGGAGUACUGUAUGGGGCUGAGGUCUUCAUGGUCUUCGACCAGAUGGCGUCAAAUGAGGAGGAGAAGCAAGAUAUUCAGGGGAAAGUGAAUUUGUUCAUCCAAAAGUUGCCAGGAGUUGAUGUCAGCAGUUCGGGAAAUUUGAGGCUGGAAGUCAAGGAGAAGAAGAAGGUGCAGAAGUUCAGCUGCACGUUCCACGGUGAUUUUGCGCUGUUGCACAACCCCUCCACUUAUGAGGAGGCCGUGCAUUUGUACAAACAGCUCCCGGAGCUGAUGGGGGAUGGGAGUGAAGCAGUGCCUGUGAAGAUCUUGCUCUAUCCUCUCAUGAAACUGGACCAACGCGCAGCCCAGCUGGUCACCAAGAUCAGUGAGAAUCUGGAGGUAGAUGUAGAAGUCACGAUGGGCCAGUUACACGAGGCCCAAAUGAGAGCUGACGAUGCCAUACAACGAUGUGAGGCCAUUAAGGUCACCGAUUUAACAGAGAACCUGGUCAAAUUCAAAAACAUAUUGGCCACUUACAAAGACACCCUCCAGAAUAAUCUGAGCAAACUUCUGCCAGCUAUCCGGGGUGGGACAGAGGGGGAAGAGAAACUGGUGGCCAUGCUGAAAUUCAUCAAUGAGUCAUCAUUCACUCCUGACAAGAUGAGAAAAUGGCUUGAUGAUAAAGAGUCUGAAGUAAAGGUGCUGGAAAGCUACACCAAUUGUCUGAAGGAAUUUGACAUUGUGCCACCUGGACCUGAGCUUACCGCAGUUCUCUCUGAUCCAAAACUUAAACAUGUCUACGCCUUCAACUUGACCUCACUGAAGGAGGAGGAGCCGUACCUCUCAAACCUGUUUGAGUGCCUGGCUUCUGAAGAGUUCAGGAAAAUGCAAAAUAUCACUGUAGCUCAGGAGCUCAGCUUCAAAGAGGAGGCCCAGCUUUGGUUCAGUGACCCACAGAUCUCUGAAAGAAUGAGAGGUGCCCCGAAAUUUUUCAGUCAAAACAUGAAAUUCAUUAUUAGCUACAUUCCAGACCCUGUAUACUUCGGGGAUUCUAUUUAUAUGUAUUGUGACGGACAGCUGGAAAACUGCAAUUGGCAGCCAAGAAAAUAA